GGCACAAUCGGUAUAAAACGCGGUAGGCACACUCUGCUUCAUAUGCCACAUCAAAUUUCAUUUCAAACAAAAAUAUAUACAAUGUCAUACAAAUUAAGAGUAAAUCUUUGAAAGCCACAUCGACAUCGUUGUGUGCCCCACCAGCAUAUCGGCCACCCAGCCUCGUUGCCAGCAAGCCUUAGCUCCGUCCAAACAUUUCAAACACAGACCGCUCAUCCAAGGAGUUGGGAUACGUGUCGUUGAUCGGAGGUUGAUACGAGCGCAACACAAUGGCCCAUCCCGUUGGGAAUAUGUCCGGAAACAUGCAGGGACAACCUCCUUCGGGUGGCCGAUUACCGAUGGGUCUGCAAAGCUUGCCCUCCCUGUCCAACUUGCCGUCUCCGAUGGAGGUGAUCCAAUUGGUGCGAAACUCGCUGCGGCCAUGGAGCGUCUUCUUCAACAUUAACAACUUUAAGUCGGCCGUCAGCAUGCAGCGCCUGAACAACCGGGUCCUGCGAAACUUGUCCUACUUCCAGUCAAACUACGUCUUCAUAUUCUUUGUGCUGAUGAUCUACUGCCUCAUCACAGCGCCGCUUAUCUUGCUGGUUAUUAUCGCCGCCGCGAUUGGUUGCCAUAAGCUGCGUUCGCGCAACACCAACUACACCAUUAUGGGCCAGACGCUGACGCCCAGUCAGCAGAUCAUAGCCCUUAAUCUGGCUACGGCGCCAAUUCUCUUUCUGGUGGGUGCCGGUUCGGUGCUGUUUUGGACGUUGGGAGCCUCCUGCUUUGUCAUAUUCAUGCACGCGAUCUUUUACAACAUCGAUGCCAUUGUGACGGAAGAGAAUGAAGGAUUCCUGGCGGAGGUUGUGUGACAAUCUCAAGGUCGAUCAGAAUCUCAAAGAUCUUGAAGCGAUUUUGACAAUCGAAAGCAAGAUGGGGGCAGAGGUAUUCGCCAAAUGGGGCCUUAUUAGUCAAUAACAUUUGCAAUAUCAGAUUACACACAUAAUUAUAACGAAUUUUAGUUUAGAUCUAACAAGCUCUGACAUUGAAUA